UUAGGCAGCCAUCAAUCUCCUCCUGUUUCUUCCAGAACAGGUGAUGCUUCUAAAUUGUGAUCACUUUCUGAAGGCAGCGUUGCCGCAGAAAGGAUGCGAGCGACCUAGGACAGAGGGCCUGAGGUGGCAGAUCUGAACUUGUGGAGGAUUAAAAACCCAAACUUUAACUACACCAAUCCGCAUCUCACGCAGGAAGCAAAGGACGGGUUAUCUUUUUUUUUUUUUUUUUUCCAAGAGGGACUCAAACUUCAGCACUUGAUCCCUUUUUUGGGGGGAUUGCUUUGGAGGAAACAGUUUGGUGACAACGCUGGGAACAGUAAGGACACUGUUGUAACUCUUAUUUUUAAAGAGACAGAUCAGACUUUUUAAAUGUUUGGGAUUCAAGAUACUUUAGGAAGAGGACCAGCUCUGAAAGAGAAAUCGCUGGGCGCCGAGAUGGAUUCGGUCAGGUCCUGGGUCCGGAAUGUCGGCGUGGUGGACGCCAAUGUUGCGGCGCAGAGCGGAGUUGCCCUGUCCCGGGCCCACUUUGAGAAGCAGCCUCCCUCCAACUUGAGGAAAUCUAACUUCUUUCACUUCGUCCUGGCGCUCUAUGACAGGCAGGGGCAGCCCGUGGAGAUUGAGCGCACAGCCUUCGUAGACUUUGUGGAGAACGACAAAGAACAAGGCAAUGAGAAGACCAACAACGGCACCCACUACAAGUUACAGCUCCUCUACAGCAACGGCGUCCGCACGGAGCAGGACUUGUACGUCAGGCUCAUUGACUCAGUCACCAAGCAGCCCAUAGCUUACGAGGGGCAAAACAAGAAUCCAGAAAUGUGCCGCGUUCUUCUGACACACGAGGUCAUGUGCAGUCGAUGCUGUGAAAAGAAAAGUUGUGGAAAUCGAAACGAGACUCCUUCAGACCCUGUCAUCAUCGACAGAUUCUUUUUAAAAUUUUUCCUCAAGUGCAAUCAAAAUUGUUUGAAAACAGCAGGAAACCCACGGGACAUGAGGAGGUUCCAGGUCGUGUUGUCAACAACGGUGAAUGUGGACGGGCAUGUGCUGGCUGUUUCUGACAAUAUGUUCGUGCACAACAACUCGAAGCACGGGCGGAGAGCGAGGAGACUGGACCCCUCCGAAGCUACCCCCUGCAUCAAAGCCAUCAGCCCAAGUGAAGGCUGGACCACAGGAGGGGCCAUGGUUAUCAUCAUUGGGGACAACUUCUUUGAUGGACUUCAAGUGGUGUUUGGGACCAUGCUUGUGUGGAGCGAGCUAAUCACUCCUCAUGCCAUCAGAGUGCAGACUCCGCCUCGGCACAUCCCGGGGGUAGUAGAAGUGACUUUAUCUUAUAAAUCCAAACAGUUCUGCAAAGGAGCUCCAGGAAGGUUCAUUUACACAGCAUUAAAUGAACCCACCAUAGACUACGGCUUCCAGAGGCUGCAGAAAGUCAUCCCCAGGCAUCCUGGAGACCCUGAGAGAUUAGCUAAGGAAAUGCUGUUGAAAAGAGCCGCGGAUCUGGUGGAGGCCCUGUACGGCACACCACACAAUAACCAGGACAUCAUUUUGAAGCGAGCCGCGGAUAUUGCUGAAGCCCUCUACAGUGUCCCCAGGAACCCCAGCCAGAUCCCGGCUCUCUCCAGCUCUCCGGCUCACAGUGGCAUGAUGGGCAUCAAUUCUUAUGGUAGCCAGCUUGGGGUCAGCAUCUCAGAGUCAACCCAGGGAAAUAAUCAAGGAUACAUCCGCAACACUAGCAGCAUCUCUCCUCGGGGCUACUCGUCCAGCUCCACCCCUCAGCAGUCCAAUUACAGCACCUCCAGUAACAGUAUGAAUGGCUACAGCAACGUCCCCAUGGCUAACCUGGGCGUUCCGGGAUCACCGGGAUUCCUCAACGGCUCCCCCACGGGCUCCCCAUACGGAAUCAUGUCCUCCAGUCCCACUGUUGGAUCUUCCAGCUCGUCUUCCAUCCUCCCAUUCUCCUCUUCAGUGUUUCCUGCUGUCAAACAGAAGAGUGCCUUUGCCCCUGUCAUCAGGCCCCAAGGCUCCCCUUCGCCCGCCUGCUCCAGUGGCAAUGGAAAUGGAUUCAGAGCCAUGACCGGACUCGUCGUGCCCCCAAUGUAAAGAAGAGGAAGAGCUGCUUUCUCAGAGCACAAAACUACUCACUCUGAUGGACCAGUGAUGAAGAAAGCACUAUCUGCUCUUUGGGGAGAGUUGUGCCCCCCAAAUGGACAUGAUGGACAGACUUGGCUCAACAAGGAGCCGCUUCUUACCUGGUCUCACCUUUCUUGUGUAGCUCUGAUGGUGUCUACACAAACUGACCCCCUUGGGGACAAGGACAAAAGAUGUCAUUGACGUAGUCAGUGCUAAAAGCAGAAAUGCAAUUCUUUGUUAUGAACAUUAUAAGAACCACCUUCCUAUGUUUGUAAAAUAUUUAAGAAAAAAUUGGCAAACAAUUCAAGCUUAAUAUUUUGGAUACUAUUUGUUUUUCUUUGUAGGAAAAAAAAUUGAAAGUUUCUAUUUUCUAUGAAGCCUUUCAGAUACCAAUUUAGUUUAUGCAGAAAAAAAAUCGAACAAAACAGGGUACCAGCAUGGAAGACUUUCUUAAAAUGAAACCUGAAUUGAAUGACAAAAUGUUGUUGUAUGUGUGUUUGCUUAUAGUUUAAUCUCUUUAAGAAAAAGGGAAAAAUUUUAAAUGUUUUACAAUUAUUUAAAUAAAUAAUGUGUAACUUAUUGUAAGUAGAGGUAGAAAUUAAGACCUUUUUGGAAGAGAGGGGAAGUUCUCUUUCCAAUGUAAAAUGAAACUGAUGCAAACAUGUAGUAACAAGUUUAAAGGUGUGUGACUAUUCCUGCAGUUACUUACUAGACUCUUAUCCCCAUCUUGCAUCCCCCUCUUUUUCCAUCAUUUUAUUGACCCAUGAGCAAGAAUAAGUACCUGAUGUAGAUUCCUGCAGAAUAACCCCACACAGAGACAAAGAUUCAAGUCCCUGCAAAUACACAAAUACUCAAGCCCAUCAAUUCAUUCCCAUCCCCAUCUGCUUUCUAAAUAGUCUACAAGUCCCUUUUGGUAUUCACUUUUUGUGAAUUAAAAAAAAAAAAAACAACCUUAUACUAGCUUUCAACAUUCUCCCCUGAGCUGUGCAGAGAAUUCCCAUAUUUUUGUGCAUUUUUGGCUUUGCACCCGGGGAAAUAAGAGUCUCACCUUACAGAAGAGCCAAAGUCACCAUGACUUUUUCAAGCCAGCUGCCCCUUUGGAAUUCCUGACAGCCACACACUGCCUCCUCUUGGGUUACCUGGUAUAGCACUAAGGUGAAAGCCCUCCAGGACUUCAGAAAUAGGGUUUGAAGAGAAUGGCUGUGUUUCUUGGACCCUUAGGAUGUCAAGUCCUUUCUUCUCUGUAGAUUUCCCCUUUCAUGGCAUUAAACUCUCUUGAAAAAAAAAUAUGUAUACAACUUGACACAGUUUCCAGGCAAGAAUGGGAUGGGGUAUGGAAGAAGAAUAUUAAAAGUGCUAUCCCCUCUCCUGAUGUUCAAAGAGGGGGGAACCCAGAUUCUUAGCAGGGUCACAGAUUGGGCACAUCUGUGUUCCAAGCAGCUCAGUCACCCACUGCUGCCACAGGCUCCCCAUAGUUCGGGGAGUGGCUCUGAGGGGCAGAAACGUAGGAGCCUCUUAACAGUGGCUGAGUUUGAAAAAGCCUGUGUGAUCCUGGGGAUGUAUCCAGACUUACUUGGGUUGCCAAUAAGGAUGUCACUUUUUUCUAGGACAGGGAUUUCCUUGUUGACUCACUGGCACCACAAUAUAGUCUAUAUGCAGACUCCAGUUUGGGAUUCUUGGUUGGGGUUCUAACAUUAGAAAUUGAUGCAGCUCUCAUGGAAAAACACCUUUAGUGCAUCUAAGCUGAUUUUAGAUGAAUUUGUAAAUUCUGUGCCAGUGAUACAUGGCCACAACUUCCCAACCCCAAUGGUCUUAUUUGCUUUAAUCUAUUCUGGAAUUACCCAAUGUGACCCAAAUAUUACUUCCAUGCACAGGAGAAUCCAAGGUAUUGGAAACCUGGCAUGCUUAUAACUCUUGCUGACAGUUCCUCAUAGUUAGGGCUUAAGGCACCAAAAAUACAGGGAAACACAUGAGAGAAAGUUCCCUGGUGAAAAAUCUGAUGGGAGGGGGAAAAGUGUGUGGACACACCCAUUACCAUCCAAAAGUGAAGGCAGAACAAAGUCAAGCAUGUCUAGACCUGGAUUUGAGCCAAUUCAACAUAAGGACAUUUUUUUAAGUAGCAUUGCUUUUAGAAUCUGUGAAUUUUGCUCUUGCAUGAAGAUGAGUGCAGUACUGUCUUCAAAAUGAUUGUAGAACUUGUUGGUAGCUUGCACCGAAAAACAUGUGUGUACCUAAAUACCAGACAUCCUGGACCAUUCAGCUAGAACCUUGGCAGCAGCAGAUCUAUUUAACUGUACAAAUGUGUGUAAGGAUUAUUUUUAGUGUACUAAUAAAUUUAAAACAAAGCUACUCUGUCCUGUUUAGUCAUUGCUGUUGAAUCAUUCUGGUCCCAGGUUAUUUUUGUGCCACUUGGAAGACAAGUAUUUCCAUAGGUAACUUCAAAUUCUAUCCUAUCUUUGUAAGAGAAACUGUGUAAGAUUUUUCAUUUAAAGGGACAAUUUACUUCAUUAUUUAUCUCAUUUUUUUGAUAUAGCAUCGUAUUUUUUCCCAGUUUUUCUUUGCACAUUUCAAUAUGCAUGGUUUAAAAACCAUUAACUUCUCUAUCUUUUGUACAGUAAGAUCUCAUUUUCAAACUGUAUAGUUUCAUUUUUCUUGUUUGCUUUGUCAGUUAUAUACAGUAUAAAGUUGCUAUGCACAGAGCUUUUGUAAAGACAGCUUUUUUGUUUACUGUUUUUAAUGGUCUUACUUAUGAAAGAAUAUCUUGUUUGUAAAAUGAA